AUGAAUCGGGAGAAGUUGAUGAAGAUGGCUAACACUGUCCGCACUGGCGGAAAGGGAACCGUAAGAAGAAAGAAGAAGGCUGUGCACAAGACCAAUACAACUGAUGACAAGAGGCUCCAAAGCACCCUGAAGAGGAUUGGAGUUAAUUCAAUUCCAGCAAUUGAAGAAGUUAACAUCUUUAAGGAUGAUGUUGUUAUUCAGUUCAUCAACCCUAAGGUUCAAGCUUCAAUUGCUGCGAACACAUGGGUAGUUAGCGGUUCUCCUCAGACCAAAAAAUUGCAAGAUAUCCUUCCUCAGAUUCUCAGCCAACUCGGACCAGACAACAUGGACAACCUGAAGAAGCUAGCAGAGCAGUUCCAGAGACAAGCUCCUCCUGGUGAAGGUAAUGCCUCUGCAACUAUUCAAGAGGAGGAUGACGACGAUGAUGUCCCCGAUCUUGUAGUUGGAGAGACAUUCGAAGCUGCUGCUGAAGAGAAAGUAGCUGCUUCUUCUUAG